GAUCAUAUAACUCAAUGGCAAUAGUUAUAUACAAUUCCUUACACAUCAUCUGCCUUUAUUUAUUAGCUGUGGCAUGGUUUUGCAAAGCUAAUAAUAAUAAUAAUAAUAAUAAUAAUAAUAAUAAUAAUAAUAAUAAUGCACCCGAAAAUGGAAAUGGGUUGAAGGGAAUGUUCAUAUUUGGUAGUUCAGUAGUAGAUAAUGGUAAUAACAACAACAUUAUGUUAUCCUUAGCUAAGGCAAAUUAUCCGCCUUAUGGUAUUGAUUUUGUGGAUGGUCCCACCGGAAGAUUUUCAAAUGGAAAAAAUGUUGCUGAUUUUAUUUGUGAUUAUCUUCAACUUCCUUUAAUUCCUGCUUUUGCUGAAAAUAAUACCAAAGCUGAUCGGAUUCUUCGUGGUCUUAACUUUGCUUCUGGUGGCUCUGGCAUUCUCGAUGAAACUGGCGUCGUUGCGGGGAAGGUGAUUACCUUGAAUGAGCAAAUCAGAAACUUUGAAAAUUUAACCUUACCAGAAUUAGAAAGCCAGCUGAAAUGUCAAAGAACUGAGAUACUGCCUCAUUAUUUGUUUCUACUUGCUGCUGGAAACAACGACUACCUACUCAAUUACUUCUUACUAGGUCAGGCCACUCAAUCUCCAGAAGCCUUUGCUGCAAGGCUCAUAUCUACUUAUUCUGGUCAAAUCAAGAGAUUAUAUAACUUGGGAGCAAGGAAGUUUCUAGUGAUAUCAGUAUAUCCCCUAGGAUGCAGCCCUGUUAUCAGCAGAGGUCAAGGAUGCUUAGCAAGGCAAAAUGAUAUCGUUUCUAAAUUUUAUGAUAAGUUGAUUCCUAUCAUCAAUCAAAUCAAAACCCAAUUGCCUGGUUCAGAUUUUAUAGUUCUAAAUUCUGUUAGAGUUAUUUCAGAUAUCAUAAACAACCCCAUUACAUCAGGUAUCAGCAAUGUGAGUGGGUCAUGUUGUGAAGUGUCACUAAAUGGGUUGUCAUGCAGAGAAAAUGGUAGAGUCUGCAAUAACAGGAAUGAGUAUGCCUACUUCGAUGGGCAACAUAACACUGAAGCUCUAAGUGCCCUUGUAGCUUCAAAGAUUUAUACUUCUCAAGACAUUUCUGAAGUUUAUCCUUUAAAUUUACGUCAGUUUCUUCAAGCUCAUGCCUUAAACUAGUACAGUAAUCAUACACAUACAGCGGCAGAGCUCUAGCCUCUAAAGUACUUUAACAGCUUUGAUCAAGCUUCCUAAGCUUCUCUGGAUGUUUGAUCUUUUGGUAAAAAAUAUUUCAAGUAAUAUUAAAUUAAGCUUAAGUGUUGAAUGUAUUAAGCUAUAUGAAAUACUCUUUCACAUACCAGCUAAAUAAAUUUGGGUCAUUUAGUAGCUAAUUAAGAUUCCCACAAAAUGUUAUACUUUUUAUCCCCACUACAAUCCUAAUAAAAUUGUUCAUGUCAUUUGUA